AUGGCGCAACUCAACAGACUGCAGACAUUCCCAAACAAGCCGAGAGUGUUUGUCCUCACAGACAUCUCAAACGAGCCCGACGACGCCGAGUCGCUCGUUCGUUACCUCCUCUACUCCAACCAAUUCCAGACCGAGGGCCUCGUCGCCGUCUCAUCAACAUGGAUGAAGAACAAAGUCUGCCCGCAAGACAUUCACAAGAUCCUCGACGCCUACGCCGGCGCCGUGGAUAACCUCAACAAACAUACGCAUCCAGACUACCCUUAUCCCUCAGCCGACAGCCUACGGGCGUUGGUCAAAUCCGGACCACCGGUGUAUGGGUUCGCCGGUGUAGGUGCAGACAAGCCAUUGACCGACGGCGCCCAGCUACUCCUCGAGAGAAUUGAAGCCCCCUCACAAGAUCCCCUUUGGGUCCUCGUCUGGGGCGGCACCAACGUCCUGGCCCAAGUCCUCCUCACUAUUCGCGACAAAUACUCCCCCGAAGAUGCAGCCAAGUUGCGCUCGAAGCUGAGCGUCUACACAAUUUCCGACCAAGACGACACCUCAGCCUGGAUCCGCACCCAGUUCCCCGACAUUUUCUACAUCUCCUCCAUCCACGGUUGGAACCAAUACGGACUUGCAGCGUGGACGGGUAUCUCUGGAGACAAAUACUACGGUUUCGACCAGGGUGGCCCAGACUUUUCCAAGGUCUCAAAGCAAUGGAUCAAGGAGAACAUUCAGAUCGGCCCGCUAGGCUCCGCGUACCCCGACUUCCUCUUCAUCCCGGAGGGCGAUACCCCGACUUUCCUCUACCUUAUCCAAAAUGGCCUUGGCGAUCGAGAGCAUCCAGACUACGGCUCAUGGGGAGGUCGUUACGCGCUCACUGACGCCAGCGACGCCGGACAGCAGGGCAAGCAUUACAGCGACAUGUCCGACACGGUCGUCGGCGUCGACGGCAAGUCAUACCGCUCCAACCAAGCCACCAUCUGGAGAUGGCGCGAUACGUUCCAAAACGACUUCGCAGCGCGCAUGCAGUGGUCGCUAAACCCCGACGUCGCUUCAACAAAUCACCACCCCAUCGUCGUAGUCAACGGUUCCCAGAGCCUCGAGCCGCUGUACUUCGAGGCUGAAGCCGAUUCAACAAUCGAGCUGGACGCCUCAGGGACGUACGAUCCCGAUGGAGAUGCGUUGACGUUCAAGUGGUGGCAGUACCGCGAGCCGAGCGCUUCACAAUGGCUGGUCCACUUUGAAGUCUCGGAACUUGGUAUCGAGAAGCUGGAUUCGGAGGGCAAGAAGAUUAGGGUCACGGUGCCGGAGCCCGAGAAGUCUUGCAUGGAGCUCAUCAGUCGGCAACCGGUGGCCAAGGGCCAGGUGCUACAUCUCAUCUUGGAGGUUACGGAUAGCGGAACACCCGCGCUGACGAGCUACCGUCGCGUUUUGAUUCAGGCGACGAAUAAAGAUUUGAGAGGAGGCAAGCCUUUGAAGGAAGGGGAAGAGCUGUUAGCUAUCGGUGAUGCCAUGAAGGAUUAUACUGGAUGA